AUGUCUAAUGAACUGGAUAUUGAUGCAAUUAUCGCAAAAUUGCUGGAAGCUAUCAGCUUGGAAAUGAUUGUUUUAAGUUGUUUAGUAUAUAUCACCGUUGAAAUGAUAAAAGUUAAAAUGAUUCAUUUAAUCGAUAGUAAAGCAUUUGAUGACCAUAAUUCUAAAGAUAACAUCUUUGAAGAAAGUGAUACGUAUGUUCAAGAAGGAUGGAUAAUGAAAAGGAUGAGAAUGUAUCCAACGAACGCUAAUCUUGAUUUGAUAGGUGAGAGAUUUACAGUCAAGAGUGGUAAUGUAGACCACAUCUAUUGCCAACAGAUACAUAAGUCAAUUUUAAGUCAUCCUAUUAUUACUGUUUCUGUUUGGCAAUCAACACAAUAUAAUAAUGGAAAUAAUCAUCGUUGCAAAGAUUCCUACUUUACAUCAUUGACUGUAACAAGAUAUUGUGUUAAAAAUGAUUCUAGCCGAGAGUUAUCAAUUUCAGCUUUAGUUGGAAAUGAAUCAAUCUUAAUUGAGAAACAGCUAGAUAAUAAGCAAUCCAAACUUUCAACAGGCUUUGGAUUAUUCAGUUGA